GAAGUCCAGCUUAUAGGCAGAGGGAGUGGAAAGAGUGUUGAGUACAGCACAAAGCAGAGGAAAGCAAGAGCUAGAAAUUAUUUAAAAAAUCCAGGAUUGGACAAGAAAGUCACGAUGAAGCCGUUUUGCCUGUUGCUGCUGCUAGCUUGUUCCACGGCCGCCAUCCCUCUGGAGUCAUCAGGUAGACAAGAUUUCCCCACCCUGACCUCCCAGGCCCGUACCACAGCACCGAGCCCAACCCAAGAAAAGUCUCGCUUUGCCAUGCUGGAUGAUGUUCGUCUUCUUGCAAACGGCCUGCUUCAGCUAGGCCAGAGUCUACGAGAGUUUGUGCACAAGACCAAGGGCCAAAUCAACGACAUCUUCCAAAAGUUGAACAUUUUCGACCGCUCUUUCUACCAGCUCUCAGUGGUCACGUCUGAGAUCAAGGAGGAAGAGGAGGAGCUGAAGAAGACCACAAAUUUCUUGAAGGCCAACAACGAGGAGAUCAAGAACUUGUCGCUGGAAAUCAACUCUAAGAUCAACGGCAUCCUUCAGGAGCGCACACAACUGCAGAGCAAAGUGGGGAACCUCGAGGAGCGGCUGAAGGGACUGUCGCUGAGCAUUAUCCCUGCUGAACAGCUUAGUGAAAUCACAACGCUCAAGGAAGUGAUUGAAUCUCAAGAGAAAACAAUUAACAAUCUGCUGAAAGCUGUGAAGGAGCAGCAUGAUCAGCUUGACAACCAGAAAUACAAGAUUAUAAACCUGGAGGAAAAGCUAAACUAUGACAGCUUUCAAGAUACAGUCGAUAAGUCAAUGGAUCCAGAUCCUGCAGCGCCUGAUAUGUUUGAAUAUCUGACAGGAAACUCAACUGACUUGGACAUGAAUGAUCUCACAAUGGACUGCAGUGAGUUGUUUAACAAAGGAGAGGCAAAAAGUGGAGUCUAUGUUAUCAAGCCGAACCAAUCUGAGCCAUUCAACGUUUACUGCGAAAUGGGUUCAGAUGGAGGUUCAACUGUCAUCCAACGCAGGGAAGAUGAUUGGGUGGAUUUUGACAACACAUGGGACAAGUAUGAGAAAGGCUUUGGAGAUCUGGAGAAGGACUUCUGGUUGGGCUUAAAGAAAAUCCACAGCCUUACUCAGCAGGGAGUUUACAUCCUGCGUAUUGAUUUGGAGGACUGGAAGGAGGGGAAGCACUGGGCUGAGUACCGCUUCUCAAUGGAGGGGGCCUCCAAGGGCUACACCGUUCAUGUCAGCCACUUCUCUGGUGACCUGCCUGAUGCCAUGGCCAACAGCACCGGCAUGAGAUUCUCCACUAAAGACAGAAAUAAUGACAACCACCAAAACCCCAAAUGCGCUCGCAGUUACACAGGUGGUUGGUGGUUCAAUGCUUGCAGAGAGUCCAACCUUAAUGGACGGCAUUUGUGGUUGAGGGCAAGAGGGCGCUCUAUGAGAAGGAAGGGCAUUUACUGGAAGCCCGGCACAGGGCCGUCAUAUUCCCUCAAGAUGACCAAAAUCACCGUACGACCAGCUACUACUGCUGAAAGCUUCAACUGAACCACACAAGUCAUACCUGUACUUAUAACACAACAAACAUUGAUACGGUCUAAUGCUCAGCCUAUAAGCUCCAUAGAAGCGGAAAGUGAAGUAACACAGGCAUAUUCUUAGUUUAUCUUUAUCUUUAAGUUGAUUGCUUCCAAACUGCGUUUUGUAGGAGGCGGGUGCGGACCAAUAGAUAACAGGCAAAAAAAUGUAACAAAUUGAUGAACUGUCGCAAUGAUACAACUAUGCCACACAGGUCAUUCACCUAUUGGGUGUAAUCAAGCAAGCGCAGUAGAAUUGUCAUUAUGCAACAUCUGCAAUCACUUGCAAAAUGGACAUAUUGAUCAACAUCAGCAACUCGAUUCCGUGCUGGCUGCAAAACGCCACAGUACUGCAGUGGGAAAGAAAACUAUGAGGAGAGAUUAUGAAGCGAUUAUAAAAACUGAGUUUGCUUGGCUAGAACAGAGAACUUAAAUGUAUUUAAAAGCUUCUAUGUUGAUAAAGCUAUUUAAAAUUAUUAUUAUCUUUGUGAUGUGAAACUGUUUCAUGUUUAUAUAAGUCAACGUUCAAGAGAAACUCUGCAUCUCCAACAUUUUAAAAGGCGUCCAAACUGGUGUUUUUUUUUCAAUGAAGGUAAUUUCUGUCCAGGUAUUUUACACUGAAUCAUCCCUAGUUUCAUAGAAAACAAUCCACAAAGUGGGGACAAUGUCAGCAUUCAAAUACUGUACACAAUUGGAGAAAGAAAGCUUUGGCAGCACAAUGAUGAAGGCUUUUGCAUUGUUUGUUCUAUUUUUUUUUUUACUUUGUAAAGUAUUUAAACCAUGUUCAUGCUAUUAUAUGACUUCUGCUGGUAUUGUUAGAAAAACAUAAUUUCUGUGUAUUUCCAAAUUGAUUGAGUCAUAUUGACUCUUGUCCACUAUAACAAUAUAAGUAACUGUAGUGUAAAUGUGCUUCAUAUUAACAAGUCACCCUAAUAAGUCUAACAAAACAUAUUUAUGAAGUCAAAAUAAAA